UGUAACGUGGUCACAUUUGAUCGUACCACUGUGAUGCACAAACCAAAGAAGGGCAAUUUAACGAGGGCGGUACUGUUCUGAAUGAGACUGUGAAGUGAACACUGUUGGUAUGCAGUUCUGAGAGAAGUGCUGUUUCAGCAUCAAAUCUGACAGGAACUAACCUCUUCUGACUUGCCAGACUCUGAAUACCUCACAACGACCAGAUAGAGACACAUAUCCUUCCUGUUCACAUUGGAUUAAAACCAAUUUUCAAAGGCUGUCACUGGAUAUGUGGUCCCCCAGAACCAGCAGCAGAAAGUCACUUUGAAGAGGCAUUGCUUUCUACUUGGUCCUGGCUCAGGCCGAAGUAACCCAUCACAAGGAGAAGCUUGCAUCAGUCAAGUUUCCCAUUGCUUCAGGAUGGUGGACUGGGAUUGGUGGGUCACCCUGCGUGAUCCCAGAGACAUCAUGGCAAAGCACCCCACACUAAUCCUCAAUGAGAUUGUCUUCUAUGUCCUGGCCCUCUUGAGCCUGAAGCACGCAGCCCGGAAUGGAGGAAGAUGGAAGUAUUUAUGGCUGGCGACCAUCAUUCAUGGACUGACGACAGAGUCUGUUUCCUACUUUGUACCUGGCAUUGAUAACUUCUGGCACGCGCAGAGUUCCGUAAUGUUUCUCGGCAAACGUCUGCCACUCCACAUCAUCUUUUUCUAUCCCGUUAUUAUCUACCAGAGUUACGCUGCUGUCAGCUGCCUUGGGUUACCAUUUUGGGCAGAACCAUUUGCUGUCGGACUUGGUGAUCUAUUGAUUGAUCUUCCAUAUGACAUCAUGGGCAUCAAACUACUUUGGUGGACUUGGCAUGACACGGAUCCCAACAUUUAUGAUAGACACUACUGCGUACCCUGGACCUCCUACAUCUUCCACAUGUCAUUCGCCUGUUGCUUUGUGUUCCUUAUGGAGCUGGGCAGGAAAACAAUUACUGGGAAUGUCUCCAAAGCUAUAUCGUCUGGGAUUGUCAAGGAGAUGGCAGUGGCCUUGCUGGCUGGAAUCUUUACAUUUCCCUUGGCAGUUCUGACUCAGUUUGUGCCUCUGUAUCAUAUUCCACAUGACAUUUAUAAAAUACACACAGAGAACAUUGUGAUGGUGCAGCUGGCCAUCUACAUUUUUAUUGUGUGGAAUGCAGAUCGGAAUGGACCUCGGGAUGAACCGAGCAGGAUUGUCAGUGUGUCCUGGUUGCACCAUGAAGCGGGGCAGGGGAUCCUUCUCAACUCCCUCUUCUUCCUCCUCCUUGUCACCAUGGCCAAACCAGAGCAGCAGGUUUCUGUUGGGCUCCAUCAGACCCUGGGCCCCUGCAAUGUAUCCGAAGCGCUGACCUCGGUGCUGGGUCAGACCCUGUACAGGCAUGCAUAUCUUUGUGCUGGUGACUAUGUUGAGGGUACGUUUGACUGGCACUGCCUGCCCGGGGCUGAGCCCCCACCAGAUGGCACAGAAUGGUAUCCCAUUUGCGGCACCCCGUUCUAUCACCACGCUGAGUACAUCUACACAGUGUCUGCCUUCUGUCUGCUUGGCAUUGCCUUUUAUUGGACUGUACUCAGACGGUGGGCUCAGCCUGCCAAGAGGGUGAAGUAUGACUAAUAGCCACACAGGAGAUCAGCAAAGCAAGUGAAAUAGUAUUGGGUUGCAUGGGACGUUGUGGAGCCAGAGAAAGAAGCUGUUUCUUUUGGACAACCGAUGUUAUGUAUAUUCAUAGAAUCCAUACAGUGUGGAAGCAGGCCACUCAGCCCAUCAUGUCUGCACCAAUCCUCUAGAGGACAUCCCACCCCAUACCUUAUCCCCAUAACCCUGCAUUUCCCAUGGCUAACUCACCUAGUCUGCACAUCCCUGAACAUUACAGGCAAUUUAGCACAGCCAAAUCACCUAACCUGCACAUUUUUGGACUGUGGGAGGAAACUCACACAGAUACAGGGAGAACAUGCAAACUCCACACAGUCACCCGAGGGUGGAAUCAAACCCGAGCCCCUGGCACUGUGAGACAGCAGUGCUAACCACUGUGCCACCGUGCCAGCCUCAUUUUGGGACAUUGCUCCCGGGAGAUUUAAUUUCACAUCUCUGUGAAUGACUCAUCAGACUGUCUAGAGAGGUUGGUAAACAUGAUCAUUUUGUUAUGGAUGGAGACGUUAGCCCCACCCAUGAGAACUGGCAGUGUGAUUAUAAUGUUGCCAACGUAUGCAGGCCUUUCUGCCAUAAUACUGAGCUGAGCCCACUUGCCCAGGACUACUGCUGGUGACACCUCUCCCCUUCUCCCCACUUCCCACCUCUCAACCCACCCCAGUACUACACAGAAUUGGGACAGACCCUCCAAAAUGUAGGGUGGCUGGGUUUCCAGGAGUGAUACCACACAGGAGAAAUUUUGGCCCACUGAGCUCCAAUCCCUUCCAGAGUCACCUCAGAGUACAAUGGGAUUUGGUCAGAUGGGUCAAUGGCACGAGGAGUGGCAGAUGGAGUUUAAUGUAGACAAAUGUGAAGUGCUGCACUUUGGAAAGGCAAAUCAGGGUAGGACGUAUACACUUAAUGGUAAAGUCCUGGGGUUUGUUGCUGAACAAAGAUACUUUGGAGGGCAGGUUCAUUGUUUAUUGGAAGUUGAGCCACAGGUAAACAGGAUAGUGAGGAAGGUGUUUGGUAUGCUUACCUUUAUGGUCAGUGCAUUGAGUAUAGGUGUUGGGAGGUCAUGUUGUGGCUGCUUUGGACAUUGGUUAGGCCACUAGUGGGAUACUGCAUUCAGUUCUGGUCUCCCUGCUAUAGGAAGGAUGUUGUGAAACUUGAAAGGGUUUAGAAAAGAUUUACAAGGAUGUUGCCAGGGUUUGAAGGUUUGAGCUGAUUAGACCAGGGUUAUUUUCCCUGAAACAUCAGAGGAUGAAAGGUGACCUUAUAGAGGCUUAUAAAAUCAUGAGGUGCAUGGAUAGGGUGAAUAGACAAGAUAAGGGUGUGGGAGUCCAAAUCUAGACAGCAUAGGUCUAAAGUGAGAGGAGAAAGAUUUAAAGGGGACCUAAGGGUCAACUUUUUCUUAAAGUGUGGUGUGUGUCUGAAAUGGGCUGCCAGGCAAAGUGGUGCCUGAUUCAGUUACAACAUCUAAAAGACAUUUGGAUGGGUUUAUGAAUAGGAAGGGUCCAACUGCCGACUAAUGGGUCUAGGGUCUGUUUCCAUGCUGUACCACUCUAGGACUUUAUGAGUUGUCCUCUGAAACUGUUUCUUCCCAUAAUGCUCCAUUGGAGAAUUCAUUUCAUUUGCAAGUUUGUAUUGAAUCUUCUUCCACCAGCCUUUCAGGCACUGUAUUCCAGAUGGUGACAACUCACCGAGAAAAUAAAACUGAAUCGCCUUCC